CUGUUUUGCCACCGCCGCACCACAGGGGGGCGUGUGAUCGUCGCCCUUCACCCUUUCAAAUCCUUCCUGCCGGAAGCGCCAAUGCGCGUGCGCAGUCGCUUCCGGCUUCUGGAAAUCUACUGUUCGUGGCUUGGGGUGGGUUGUCUGGUUGGUCGCGUUCUCUUUCACGCUUCGUUUCCGGAUUUCUUUCUGUGAGCUGUCUUCUCUGGUGCAAAAACCUUUGCACUGAGAAGCCAGAAAGGCCCGCGCAGCCGCUAAAAGAAAAGAAGCCAAAGCAGAUCCUCGUUUGACUUUCCCGCAUAAUACGCAUGUCCAGUUGAUCUUGGGUAUCAGCUGUCAGUAACAGCUACUGAAGCCCUAUGCCCCUUUUUUGCCCUCAGUUCGUGUUCCGGAAGAGCUAGGGGCCCUGGUGAAAAGAACCGGGUGAAAGGGCAAAGAUCUCUGCGGGACAGCCUCGGCUAAACCCGGUCUCGCCAGCUCUUGGAAGCGAAACUGGGUCAGCCGUGAACAAAGCUUGAGUCGAGUGGCACCUUUAAGGCCAACAGAGUUUUAUCCAAGGUCAGUUGAAAAGCCCCCAACUCAGAAGGCCUGUGCCAAGCAGAGGAGAAUAUCGUCACCAGCCAUGACUGAGCAGCAUCAGCAGGCACUUCGAGAGGCACUAGACCAGCACCUGUGUGGCUUGGGCAUUGAAACAUUCUGCGUGGAACACCCUGAAGUAUUCACAGUUGAAGAGAUGAUGCCUCAUGUGCAACAUUUGAAAGGGGCACUCAGCAAAAACCUUUUCCUUAAAGACAAGAAGAAAAAAGGGUUAUAUUUGGUAACGGUUCUGCAUGACAGGCAAAUCAAUUUAAACGACCUGGCAAAGAAGCUGGGUGUUGGCAGUGGAAACCUGCGCUUUGCUGAUGAAGCAACCCUGUUGGAUAAACUGAAAGUUGGCCAGGGUUGUGUAACACCUUUAGCGCUCUUCUGUGACCAAGGAGAUGUAAAGUUUGUGUUGGAUGCUGCCUUUCUGGAAGAAAGUCAUGAGAGGUUGUAUUUUCAUCCAAUGACAAAUGCAGCAACCAUGGGGAUACAUCCAGAUGACUUCCUAAAAUUUCUUAAGUCUAUAGGACAUGAACCUAUCCUUGUGCAUUUUGAUGAUGUCACAUUAUGAGACCACUUUUGUAUUUUAGAUAUGGGAAAUGUCUGUUUAGCCAACAAAUGUAAGAAACAUAUUUCUUUACUAUUUCAAAAGUAUUGUAGGAUUUUCCCCCCACAUGGAUAAUACUGGCUUCAGAGUGCACUUGAUAAUGUUGUGAUGUUCUCAGCUGCAUUGGUCUACAAGUAGGGUUGCCAAGCUCCAGGUAGUGACUGGAGAUCUCCUGGGAUUACAACUGAUCUCCAGGAGUCACAGAUAAGAUCACCUGGAGAAAAUAGCCACCCUGGAAGGUGAACUCUGUUGUAUUAUAGCCACUGAAGUCUCUCCCCUUACCAAACCACAUCUUUCUAGAUUCUACUCCCAAAAUCUCCAGGUUUUUCCCAACCUGAAGCUGGCAGCCCUGUCUACUGGAGAAGCCCAUAGCUCACAGGUAGAGAUUAUAGUUUGCAUGUAGGUCUCAAAUUCAGUCUCUGGAAUUUCCAGAGGAAAGAUCAUUGUCUUAGAUGAAACAGAUUUGGCUUAGUAUAACUGCUUAGUUAUAAUAAAAUGGGGUUGCACUUACCUGUAACCAUUGUUCCGUGAGUGGUCUCUGCAGACACAAAAGGUUCUGGAAGCCUACAGAAUAAUUUUUCAUGUCUUCCAAAAUUGCUAGUGCCGAUACUUAACACAAAAUCUAGUCCUUCAACUCAGCCCUAUUGUGGUUUGUUUCAUGCCUGUACUAGAAAGUAAGAGGAUGGUUGGAAUUGGGAGCUGUAUAUUUACAGGUCUUUUAAUGGCUUUCUAGAGAACAGACAUCUGAAAACACACAUCUGGCUAGAAUUUAUUUAGAAAACUUGCAUGCUCCCUCUCCAGACACCUGCUUGAGGCUGGAGUCACUCCCACUACAGAAAUUUUAGUGCACUGCUUGCAUAUGUUAACUGUAGAAAUUAUUGUGAUCCUUGGAACAACCUGCUGCUAGGAUGCAAGACACAACUGGGCAUUACUGAUUUAAAGUCAUCUACCUGCACUUACUUUGUUUCUUCUAUUUGUUUCUCCUGUAUUUCCAACCAGUUGUUUCUCCUGGAAUAUGUAUAUUACAAGUGAGCCUUGCACUCACUUGUGUAUGGUUAUUAUGAUACAACUGUACGGAGUGUAAAGAUGCGUAGAACUGGAAUAUCGCAACACAUUGUUAUGUGUCAAAUUCAUUAUUUUCAAUAGGUAUCCUCUAGGUAACAUACCAUUUUGUAAGCUUCUGCUGCUUCUCCGUUUCUUUUAUCUUCACUAUUUUUAGUUGUGCACAGUAGCUGCUAGACCUCAGCUCUGGCCAUAUCCAUGUUAGUAUUACAGAGAAACAUGGAAGCAGGGACUGAAAUGUUAGCAUUAGCCAUGACAGCAGGUGUACUGGAAUGGCAAGGUUUCCCUUGGCACUAAAUCAACGGGGCUGGGCCAUUCACAAUCUGAGAACACUCCUAGAUGCUCCCUCGUUUUAUAAACCUUCAAACGAACUACCCCAUUUAGGUCUCCUGCGUGUUUUGUGCAUAAAACACAGCCUGAUCCUGAACAGAGUCUGUUGACAAAUAUGGCAGCUGGGGCAACUGAAGACUUAAUUACUAUAAUAUAAACCUAACAGACAAGCAAGUAUCAAGUUGUCCCAUAAAUUGUAAACGGCUGUGAGGAUAAUCUAUACAAGUGUUGGAACUCAUUCGCUACAAGGGCCAGAUUUGACAUAAAUGUAACUUUUGUCA